GGUGUCGGAGAAGGAACGUACGGGACUGUUGUGCAGGGGGCGAAGGCUGACGGUGAAGGCGGCCGCGGCCAUUUCGAACGCCCCCCCUGCGCUUCCCACUCGAUUUCCUUGUAUGUGUACGUGUGUGCGUGUGGCGCUAGCGAAAUGCCGCACUUCGCUCGCUGCUGAGAACCACAGCGCAGACUGCAGGCCUCGGCCGUCCCAGCGUGUGCGGCGUUGCGAAGAAAGAACGGCGCCGUUCGGUAUACCCCGACCAGCCGCGGCGCGGCUCCUCGGAGGUGGUGCUCCCUGUGCGCGGUUUUCCAGUCCUCUCGUAUAGCGUUUAAUGCACUCGUGUGUUUGUUGUUUACGGCAGUUCUGCUCUUGUGCCCGUGCGCGCGCCCAUAUGUGAUUCCCGUUCUGAGUGGGGGCGGCAGCGUUGGAUACGGCGGGCUGCGUUGCUACUGCGCGCGAUGACGGGGUGGAGGGGAGGCCGUCUGGAUUGCGCCCUCGGGCUGCGAGCGAAAUGACAGCCGAGUAUAGAGCAAGCAGCAAUUCGUUGCUGGUGGCGUUUCCUUCUUCGGUCGUCGGGCGCGGGAGACCGCACGCGAUCGACGCGCCUUGACGACGACGCGCGUCUUCCGACCAGACGUUUCCCACCGGCAGGUCUCGUGCGGUGUCCUGUGCGCGAAGUGUGUGCGUGCGUCUUUUGUCUGUGGCGACUAGUGACAUUGCCUUGUGCGCAGGCCCGCGGGUCGCUGCUGAAAACGAACUUCGACUCACCGAAGCUGGAUAUAUACGUCCUCUGCGCGAGCGAGCGUGUGCCCUGCGCUGGAGGUGUGCUGUUGCGUCUGUGCCAUUCGCUUGCCCCGGGUGAUUGCGAAAAAGCAACGAGGCCGCGACCAGGCAGACUUAUUAGGCCAGAGCGCUGAAUAGGCCGUGAACUGCUAAGAAAGGAAAGAAUGAAGCGGAAGGAAGGAAUGAACGAAGGAGGGCCGGCUGGCUCUGCAGCGUCCAGAGUCCGUAUAGAAGAAGCUUCAUAGCUGAGUGGAAGUUGCGCGACGAAUUUGGGUCUUGAAGAACCUCCAGUUUUCUUUCGUUCUAUUUUUGUAGUCGGGGCUGUGGUUAGCCACUCUAUAAAGGUCGUCCGGAAAGGGCGAGCUUACCAAAUUGAGAAUUCGGGCGCAGCAUUCCUCAUUCUAAAGUAAACGAGGUCCAGCCCUUUUCUUUCGCAUGAAACUCUGAGGCGAGUGCGGAUAUUGCGAGUUACAUCCUCGUCACUAUGUAAAAGACAGCGCUAUAUACUUCCAUUGCCCAGGAGACGGAUACGAAUGUUUUUCUGCUCCCCCAUUUUCGUUUAAGGAGCACAGAAAGAUAAUAGACGCUUCUCGCUUUGCGUUAUCGAUAUUUUUUCCAACCUUUUUUCCCUAUAACGAGCAAUGGGAUACGUUUCCUCCUAUUUUGACAUAAUACCCCUCCCGCACAGUGACUUUGCAUUGUGUCAACGCAGUUUCAAACAUCAAAUAUCUCUGAACUGAACCAAACUGAAGUUCAGCUGAAGUUCAGUUUGGAUAGGAACACCACCGCGUCGAUUAUUUAUCCUGCAAUGCGGUUCGCAGAACCGUUCACCAGCGCCACUGCUAUAGCGAGAAGUGGCAAGCGCGCAUGCGUGUCACAUGAACGCUGAUCACAUAGCUGAUCACCGGUGCUUAUGCGCUCCGCCGCUCAACAGUCGACCCGCUGCAGAAUCGCUCGCUGUCUGAUCUGCCGCACUUCCGAUGGCGUUCCGACGCGACAUCCUCGACCGGGACCUUGCGCUCCGACGGCGAUCGCUUCUUAGUUGUUGGAGCACAGAGUGGUGACCUGGCUGUGCGCGAAGAUGUUCGGGAUCCGAGACCAAGAUUGGGUCGGCUUGGACGAUGCGCCAGCGACUGCGGACUCCGGAACUGCGCCGACGUGGCGUGACAACAUGACCGCUGCCAUGUGCGCUAUUCCCUUGCCGAGCUUCCCGUUCUCGUACCAAGACGAGAAUUUCGUGGUUGCUGCCCUCUUCUGCGCCGUCGAAGAAGGAAACUACGCAGGCCUGGAGGAGCUCUUCUCGAUGUCCCACAUCAACCCCAAUCAAAGCAAUAAGCAUGGAGAGACAGCCGUCCACAUCGCUUCAGGCCUGGCGCAAUUACACAUACUCAAGCUGCUGCAUUCAAAGGGAGCCAACCUGAAGCUUGCAGACAGUCAUGGGGACAGUGCCAUGUACUGGGCAGCUCGGCAAGGCCACACGGACGUGAUCCAGUACCUAUGGGAGAAUGGAGUCUCAGUUGACUGCCAGAACAAGUCCGGGGAGACGGCCCUGCAUGUCGCCGCCCGCUAUGGUCACCACCCAGCAGUCAAGCUUCUUUGCUCCUUUGGUGCCAAUAUCAACGUGGCUGAUGAGCAUGGAGACACGGCAUUGCAUAUUGCAGCAUGGCAUGGGUUUCCAACAAUUAUGCAUGUUCUGUGUGAAGCAGGGGCCCACACACACCUUCGGAACAAGGAAGGCGAAACUCCAAUCCACACAGCAUCAGCAAGAGGUCACCUUGAAAGUGUUCGUUGCCUCCUUGAAGCUGGCGCUGACCCCGACCUUUUAGAUAAGCAUGGUUGCACAGCCCUUCACUUGGCUUUGAGGAGGCACCAUGUCUCUGUAGCUCUGCUCCUCCUUCACAAUGGCUGCCAAACUGAUGUUGUUGACAAUCACGGAGAGACUGCAAUCCAUGUGGCUGCCCGUGAUGGCCUGCUGUCUGUAGCCCAGACACUGUGUGCCUUUGGAUGUAAAGUUGACGUGCCAAACAAGGCUGGGUUGUAUCCUCUACACCUGGCUGCAAAGAAUGGCCACACAGAGAUUGUGCGCUGUCUGUGCCUUGCUGGCUGCAAUGUUGAUCAAAAGAACCGGGAUGGAAUACCAGCAGAAAUCACUGCCCUUGCUCAAGGCCACAGUUCUAUAGGUGACCUGCUGAAUCGACUUAGGAAUGAGCAACUGAAGGAAGAGUACAUUGCUCAAAUGAUACCGGGGACUCAGCCACUGUCUCGAAUAAAACUCAAGGUGCUCGGCCACAGCGGUGUGGGAAAAACUACAAUGGUGGAGUCACUGAAGUGUGGAUACUUCAGCAGCUGGUUUCGGCGCUCCAAGACGUCUCCUACAUCACCAAAGCCAAAAUCAACGUCGGGGCCCCACAGCAGCCGAUCCAGCACGCCAGCAAUGGACGAGUACACCAUCGACACAGACAGUGAGAACAACAUUAGAACUGCCGACCUCAACGAUGCCAGUGAAAUGAAUGACUACAAGAAGGCGAUCACACCUCCUGCUCUACUCAUCUCCAGCUGCACGGAUAUGAUGAGCAACUCGCAGCCACUGUUUUCCGAGACUACAAAUGUCAACUACACACAUGGCAUUGACGUGCAGCAGGUGACCGUGUCUGGUGUUGGUGACCUAAGCAUAUGGGAGUUCUCGGGACGUGAGCCAUACCUGAUGCUUUACGACCACUUCGUAGGCAAUGCCCACUGCCUUCAUUUAGUUGUGUUCAGCCUUGCCGAGCCUGUGCACACCCAGAUCAGGCAGGUCUCCUUCUGGCUAGCUUACCUGCAAGCAAGGGCGCCACCUGUAGAACCCUUGGGAAUGGGAGGGAAAAGUGCCUCUCCCCUUAGAGUAGCACUGGUGGCCACCCAUGCAGACGUAUGUGCGAGCAACAUCAACAGGAACCAAAACUGUGAUGUGCUGCAACAACAGAACAAUGCUGAAGCUGACGCCAAGAUCAUCUUGGCAGCUGCACGGGAACGCUUCCAGCACGUUUUUGACCUGCACGAAACCGUGUUUGUCGUGGAUGCCCAUGUUGUUGGGUCCCAGAGUAUGAAGUCUCUCAAGCAGUACCUCUCCAACAAUAGAGCCAAAAUCGUGCAGAACCUUCCUAAGAGCACUGGCUUUCUGGAAUCAAUGGUGGGGCACCUUCCCAACUGGAGAAAAUCAUCACCCUCAUUUCCGGUGCUCACCUGGCGACAGUUUAUGGAUAUGGUGCACAUACAAGUGAAUCCUCUGGCAGGGGAGGAACACAUGCGCGAGCUCAUCCACCAGCUCCAACUGAUGGGAGAGGUGCUGUACACAAAAUCUGAGACGGAGGACAUGGUGGUGCUCAAUCCUAAAUGGCUCUGCAGUUCUGUCAUUGGAGAGCUACUUUCCCUGGAACACCUUGAGAAAGCACGCGUGACAGGUUGCUACACUGUGGAGGAUUUCCAGUUUGCCUUCCCGGACACAGAUGCCAUAGACCUGCUGCAGGUGUUGGAAAACCUCAAGAUGUGCACCAAGUGUGACAAUGAUGGUGAUGUGGAGUAUGAAUUUCCAUGUUACAAUUUGGUUGAAACACUGGAAGGCCUGUGGGACCCUUCAGAUCCACGUUACACUCAAGGCGUAUAUUGUGGGGUGCACGUCCUCCCAUUUGACGACUUUCCACACAUCCUGGCCAUAAUCUUUACGCGGAUACAGGUUCAGCUGCGACGAGCAUCUAUGGAACAUGCAGAUUCUGAUAGUGAUCUGUAUCAAUGGCUGCGGGGCAGCAAGUUUUGCAGUGGGGCACUGGAGGGAAUGCUCACGCUAGUUGAUAACGACAGUGCUUUGGAAGUGAAAGUGCGUGGUCCACGUGGCUCAUCCUCAAGCUGCUUCUACUUCCUGGAGGACCUUCUGAUGGUCGUCGACGACGUGCUGGGCGAAGUGUGCCCCGGCGCACAGUUCGAGCGCCACCUGCUGAGCGCCGCCGACCUGCGGCACCACGCGCCGACCCCGGCGCGCUACCCGGCGCGCCUCGUCAUGCGCGCCAUGCUCAACGACGGCGGCCUGCACGCCCAGGUGCUGCAUCCGCAGACCGGCAUGCCCGAAUCGGCGUGCGACCUGCUCUGCUGCCGCGACGUGGCGUCGGUCGCGUCGCUCGUCUGCGGGCCGGACACGCACGCGUCACAGCUGUCCCUGCUCACGCGCCAGAGGCUGGGCGCCGCGCUCGACCCGCCGGAGAAGCUGGGACGGGACUGGUGCCUCCUGGCGGUGCAGCUCGGCAUGACCGAGCGCCUGCCCGAGCUGGACCCGGAGUCCAAGGAGUCCGGCGUGCUCGCGACCUCGGGCAAGAGCCCCAUCGCCAGAGUGCUCGGCGAGUGGACGCUGGUGAUGGACAGCACGAUCGGGCACCUCGCGCGCGCGCUCGACGAACUGGGCAGGGGAGACGCGGCGGACAUUGUGCUGGGGACGUCGCCGCUCGUCAAGGUGGCGGUCGCGUCGGCGCCGACGUCGCCCGCGUCGCCGCCGGCGGGCAGGCACGACGAUGCGAGGGUGGCGGCGGCGGUCUCCGCGGCGUCGAGCUCGAACAUUUCUCGCUAGUGCCUUGUUCUGUUUUCAGUGCUUUGUGCGUGUUUUCUUUUCUUUCCUGCCUUUUUUUUUUGCGUGAAACGCGUGAAGUGUUUCUCUGUACAUGUGCGCUUGGAGAAGAUAUGGCGGCGGCAGUUUCCGCGACGUCCAUUUUGAACAUUUCUCGCUGGUGCUUAAAUUUUUUUUUUCCUUCGUACCCAAGGUGCGACGCGUUUUCUAAAUGCACGUUUAUCUGUGUGGCAAAGCUGCCUUUGUUAUGACUACAUAUUGUUUUACAUAUGCUGCAGCUGUACAAAAUGUUGCAAUGACUUUUCCAGAAAGAACAAAUCAAAAGCAAACACCCGUGAAGAGUAAUUCUGCGUAAAUGUAUGAAGUAGGAUGUCAUACCUUUACCAGGAACAUUGCAGCGUAAAGAACAAAACACCCCAAAAUAGACUGCCACUGUUUACGUGACCGACCCACUAUACAGUGCACCUGUAUGACUGCUAUAAUAAGGUGGCUAGGUAAUUCUGGAAAGCUUUUAGAUGUUGCUUCACAUAACUGCUUUCUAUACUUGCUCAACAUCUGUGAAAGUAACUGAUUGCACAUUAUAAUAUCUAGUUAUGAUUGUGAUAACCUGUGACUGUACUUCAGACCUUUUUUUUUUCUGUAUUGUUACAUAAUCUUGUAGACCUGUCAGUUUUGCUUUUACUGCUUCUAUAAACUGAAUAAAUGAUAUAUAGUUUAAGUCAGGGCAAUGUUAAUGCUAGAAAUGUCUUGGCUUCUUGCAUUACUUGCUUUUUGUAGUCCGAAAUUGAUGCUUUUGAAAUCGUUACUUGUAUGCAUUCUUAGUGCUACCUUUGUCAGUUUCAUACACAGUACAGGUUGUUUUAGCUACUCCGAUGUUAUAAUGUGUGCACAUAUGUACAUAAAGCUGUUAUGUUAGGCAAAAAGCUAUUCUAAUGGCUUUAGUAGUGAGGAGCCAGCUAGAGAGGCUAACACAAGCCAUCUAAAACAAAGUGUCUUGCUUAUGUAGCUAAAGCUCAGGCCAAAUAGGAUUCUCUUUGCCUGGCAUGUAACACACAUCCGACAGGUAUUUUAGCGUCGGCUGAAGUCUAGUAAGGUCUUGCACACAGGCGGUUUAUGUUAGGAUGUGCUGUUGUAAGAUUUUUGUUUACUGUAAUGUGCUACUAUGAAUAUGUGAACACAAUAAGGCAUUGCUUUCCUAUGUUGACAGAAACAUAGAUGGUGGGCAUCAAAACAGAUUGCUCAAACUCAAAGACAUUACUGCUACUUAAUUUGUAUUGCUGAAAAUAUACAGUUUAUUCUAAAUGCAGCCUGAUAUUGUGGGCUGAUUACCAUGUUAUAGCAUGGGUAGCACAUAACCUAUUAGUUUUGUUAGUUCUUUGGUCGGACCUAACCAGUGUGCAUGUUAUACACUAAAAAAUUUCUGCACCACUCUCCUUCCCUCCACCCCCCUUUACUAGAGCAGUUCGAACGAAAUCGUGCAAAUGUGUGUUUUGCUGUGCACAUGAAUUUAUGGAUGAAUUUGUUGGUGUGCACAGCAUGGAAGUAUAUAGUUUGUUGGUAUGUGAAUUAUUUAAGCAUUGUCUGUGUUCUAGAGACCUUCACUUUGGUGGAAACACGGGUGUUGUGAGAGUUAGGAAAGUUUAAGUUUCUGUCAGGACAGUUCACUUCUCUUUCCCAUGCAAUGCACUGUGAUGUGUUUGUGCUACUGAUCCUCAUGUCCGCAAUAUUUGCUUGUUAUUUGUGUGUUAUGCUUGCUGUUACAUAUUUCAGUUCUUGAAGAAUUUAGACAAAAACUAGCGAUAAUGAUUGUGAAACCAUGGUGGGGUCAUCAUGGAAAUAACCUGAUCAGUUAUAGCACGGCCAGUACCAUGUCUUAACAUUAAAGACUAAUAGUUGUGACCACAGUUGUUAGCAAAGCAAGGAAUUAACAUUGAUUCGGUAACUGCUGAUCUAACACCUUGAGUUAGGUAUGCUCGCGCAUUGAAAUUCUGAGUCGGCUUUAUAGGAAUGCGUGUGGGUGUUCUUGCUGCGGGCUACCUAGAUUCUCUAUGACACAGUGUAAUGCUUGCAUGCUGUCUAGCAUUUAUCACUUACUACUACAGUACAGUGUCUGACAAGUGCCAAGUAGGUAAACCUCUUUUUUAUUAUGAAGACGUACUGGAAGCAUGUGGUGUUCCCAACCAUUUAUGCAUUCAUAUAGCUAGAAUUUUUAACAUCUUUGAUAGUAACUAUUUUUACGCGCAUUCGCAGUAUGUGCUUGCUUGUAGCAAAGGAUGACGUGCUGCUUUCAAUGGGAAACGAUGGUUCAGUUGCUUUGGCCAUGCAAUGGUCACUGUUUUUGGUUGUGUAAAGCAAGUGAUCACCAUGAAGGUUAUAUCCAGACUGAAGUAAUUAAUGAAGUAAGGAUUGAUCCAGGCGUGAGGGGGUCGGUUGUUAUUCUGCCAAAAGGAACAGUGCAAUCACUUUUGAGUAGAACUGCUGUGUGUUUAGCUUGACGCCACUCAUGCAUCGUUGAUCUUUGUUGCUGCUUUUUCUAAUAGUGACAAUAAACUUGCCAUUCAAGGA